AAGGGAAUGUAACAACCAACAGCAGUGCAUUUUUUUACAAGUUAGUGACCAAAAAUAUUUGAUAUUUGCCAUAAACUGGAACUGACAUAUUACAUAAUCACAGAAUAUAUAGGAAAAAUUAAAAGUUUGGUCCAGGAAACUAUUGCCUUCGCAUGUCACAGCAAACAUCAAUGAAAACCAGACAGGAAGUUUUUGGGUCAAUUCUUUAUAGUCUUCAACAAAACCCUGAAAUUCAACACUGAUAGCACCGAGUACAAAGAUUUACACAAAUGCAACACUCAACGCACAGAACAGAACGGAUGAACUUAACAACAACCAACAAGGACCAGGCAGUCACAGAGAGAGCAAGCAGAGCUGAAAACAUGGAGCCAAAACAAUGUCAAAAACAGGUACACAGCAUCAACCACUGCAGCAACACCGCAAACAACAAUGACCCAACAGGGCACAGUGAGGGAGACAAUCUCUAACCAGGGCACCAGGUGAGACGAGUGAAGCUAAUUAGACAGAGAGAGAGAACACAGGUCACAGGUGAGAGAGAUUAACUGAUUACCAGGGAGAGAGACAGAAGAUCAGGCAGCCAUGACAUCACUGUGUAAUACAAUUUUUGUACAAAAACUGUUAUUAUAUGACGUUUCCUACAAAAAAAGAAACUGUGAAAAAAAAGUCUUCCUCCAGGCUGUGCUUUUGACAAAAGGUUCAAUUUGUGUAACCACUCCCCCGAUUAUGAUUAGCCACUCAGAAUAACUGUGGUUCAGAGAGUUAGAGCAUAUUGUCCACAAACAAAUGUCAAAGGUUGAAUUCCCAGUCCUACCGCAUACAUGUGUCAAUGCGCGAGACACUAUAAAAAGUUGCUGCUGCGAGCAGCCUGUGAACGAAAGUGACGAACGUGUGUUAAAAAAGAACUUUGCACAUAGAUACACUGUAUGUACCUAAAAGUAACUAGAUUAGAUUAGAUUAACUUCAUGAAUCCCUCGGGAGUUCUCUUUGAGAAAUGUUAAUUGGUGAAUUAAAUGUGCUGUAAAUGACUGUGUUGUACAGUAACACCAAUAGCCAUAUAUUUAGUUUACACAUGUUAACUGUAUCUGUGAUAUUAUCGUUUGUUCUUUUAGUAAUUGCUCUAUUAAUCAAGAAGUUAUUAAAAGAAAAUGCCCGGAACGUGACCUUCUAAAAUGCAUCAAAUUGUAUUUUGUUUAUUUAUCUUGUUUAUUUUCUAUAAUUCAUCGUGGUUUCAGAUGGGACUUCAUCACAUCUCUGUUUCUUUGUCAAUCAUAAUCGACAGUUGCAAACUUAGACCAAUAAUUUGAUCAAAACCUAAAACGACAUCGGUUUGAACUCGAGAUUUUUUCCCCUGUUUUUUUUAAGUGUGCGAGUGACCUCUAGUGGAAACAGCAUGCAUAGACAUGGACACCAAAUACACAACGUCAAUACUGCUGACACUUUAUUCUCAUUUCAACCAUUUGAAAAACAGAUAAAUAAAGAAGUUUCUUGAACAACAAUUUAAGAUAAAAAAAGUGUCAUUUGAACCUAUGACAUACAUCUAUGACACUCGAAUCCAAGCAGAGAAAGUGAAGAUUCAGGUAGAAAUACUGCUUCACAUUUAGGGUUAGGGUUGUGAUGUUUAUGAACACCCGGCAGUUAAACCUUUCAGACCUUAAAUCACCUGCUAUUAUCAUCACCCUCUCACGGCGAAGCCUGGUGGAGGCUGAAACUUGACCUGGCCUCUUAACGGCUGCUUGUGUGACGAUGGUCCCCUCGUCCCACUGGCCUGUCUGUCCCUGCUGGUGUGUCUAUUUAUAUUGUCCAGACUCAGUGCAGGGGUUAUUCAGAGGUGCCAGCGAAUACAAAGUGACAGGCACAGGAGAACAAAGGGUGAGAAAUUCUGCUGUAUUAUUUACUUCAUUAUUCACUGAAUUGUUAUUUAUUUCAAUUCGACUUCAUUUUGUUGCUGUUUUUUUUAUUCUCACCACUAUCACCUCGUGUACUUUUCAGCAAAGUAAACUAGACACUUGUUAAAUUUACUUGACAAUUGACAACAUUUUGUUAAUUUUAAAGCCAAGCUUAAAUACUGUGUGUUAAAAAUAUGUUAGAAGUAUCUCUGUAAAACUAACUCUUUCUCUCCCCAAAGAAUCGUCUCAGUGGAUCACACUUUCUUUAAACAACAAUGGUAAGUGUUGUUUGUUUCCACUAUUUACAAUCUGCAUUCAAGUAUAACUGUUAAUUUUGAGAAAAAACGUCUUCAGCUUCAUAAUAUAUAUUUGGUUUUUUUUUUUGGCACUUACUACUCUGAUUUUUUUUUUUUAUGUCAAAGAUGAAGAACAUAAAGCUGUCAAAAGGAGCUCAUCAGCACUGUGACAAAUGCUAUGACGCCCACUGUCGAGCUCCGGUGCAGAUCCCUGUCUCCUGCUUGGUCGUCACAUGUCGCAACCACUGUGGUUUCACCUUCCAUAUGUGCAAGGAAGAAGAGCAUCAGCUCCUGUGUCCAAAGGUGACGGUCCCCUGCCUCAAUGUCCUCUAUGGCUGCCCCUUAAUGAUGCUGCGCCACAAGCAGGCCGAGCACCUGGAGGUCUGUCCUGCCAGCAUAGUCUGCUGCUCCCAGGAGUGGAACCGCUGGCCCGUCUCUGAGACAGACAUGACCUUUUAUAAAAAUGUCUCAGAUGCCUGUCACACGGAGAAGCACCUGGAUGUCGCUGUGGCUCUGAGGGACCAAGAUUUGUUGUUUCAAACCAUAAAAAUGAAGAAUAUUUUUCCGGAGCUGAUGAUGGAGGAGCAGGAUGUCACUGGGGUUAAAUGUGCAGAUGAGGAAGCAGCUUGUUCCAGAAAUUGUGUUGAAUCUACAGGAAAUAGCAACACAGGCCUGGAGAAAACAGAAUCUGGCCAAGAGGAGGAGGAGGAGGAUCUGAGUCCAAACGUAGAUGAAGAGAGGACUCAGAACUUCAGUUCCUGGAACAAAGUCUUUACAAAAGAGCUGGGAGGGUGUACGGAGACUGCCAAAAAUAUGAACACUAAGGAGGUAAAAAGAAAACAACAUGAUGAUCAGCAAACAGCCAACUGUCAGGUUAUUGUAAGGAAAUCACAUCAGGACCAAGAAAACACUGCUGCUGCUUCAAACAUGGAGGGUGCAACUGGUUUUGCACCGUGGCAAGACGGGGUCCUUGAGAGACUGGGCAAACAAGUACACAUUGCAGAUUACAACAUGUAUCUAGUACACCAUGGAGCAAUGUUGAUCAACUUCGGGCAACUUGCAGCUUGCACCCCGAGAGAGAAAGAUUUUGUUUAUGGCAGUCUGGAGCCCAUCGAGGUCAAAACUGUCCGCACCUUCAACGUCCCGACCAGCUACCGAGCAAAGCGCAUUCAUCUGAAGGACCCUGGACAAAAAGCUGAGACCAGAAACCAAAGUGUUGACACCAGAGACAUGGGCCUCUCAGUUGAAGAUCUACCAAAGUGUGAUGAGGUUAGCGCCACCCUUCUGUGCGCUCUGGAAAAUGAAUUCAAAGGACAUGUAAUCUCAGAGAGUGUGGGCGUCGACGGUCUGUACGUGAACGUAGGGACACAAACGUACAAUUUCAAGUCUGCUCCUUUCAGAACAGAUGCGUCUCUCGCUGACAUCAUGAUGGACAAACCUCCAUGUCUGUACAUGCAUCUCGAGGCAGAGCCCGUCACCAGAAGACACAACAGAAGGAGCUCGUCCUUCAGUUACGUGUGUGGUCACUUCUUUCGCCGCGAUGAGUUCCGCUCUCACUACAGGAAUGUGCACUCUGACAUACAGGCCUCGCUCCACGGCUGGCUGCAGCAACGCUGCCCCUUAGCAUACCUCGGCUGUACUUUCACCCAGAGGAGGUUACAGCCUGGAGGUCAACCUACCACAAUUAAGUUCUGCCCAGAUGUCAACACUUUUGUCCUUCAGCCACAAGUGCCCUCAGCACUCUGCGAUAAUGGGAAGACAAUAAACCCUCAGAGGAAUGGCGUCCGAAAUCUGGACCCACUGAGCAAGCUGCCGCUGGAAAUUCUCCAGCACAUCGCUACUUUCCUUGACAGCUUUACACUAUCACAGUUGGCCCAGGUCUCCCAUCUGAUGAGGGAUCUGUGUGCCAUGCUGUUACAGGAGAGAGGCAUGGUUUCACUCAAGUGGGAAAAAAAGAAAUACUCCCAUGGGAAAACUUCCUGGAGGUGUCGAAAGAAGGUUUGGGAAUUCAGCACUGUGUUCUCCUCGGUGGACAAAUGGAGCUUCAGCAACAAUCACUCCAUGUCAGAUCACCUGAGAAGCUGCUCCUUUUACCAGAGGGGUGAACGCACUGAGCCGGUGCUCCUGGCUGGGCUGGAGGAGGUCAGAGACAAACAUGGAGAAGUGAAGCAGGAAAGAUAACGCUCAGUGGAAGCUGCCAAGUAGAUAUGACUUUAAUUGUCCUUAAAAUUUCUAGCUGCUAAACAAGACAGAUAAAAGUUGUUAGAGUUGAGUUGUUGCCAGAGUUGUUUUCAGAGCUCAGAAAAAAGUUUUGGCAAAUAUUCUUUUAAAAUGACGUUUUCAUUUUUACUUGAUUACACUGACAUCUGCUGGAUAAAAGCCGAAUCGUCUCACAAGUCAGAAAUGGUGUCAUAUCACCAAACACAGAUUAAGCGGGG